AUGUCAACAACAACAAAAGAGAAGAAGAAACCAAUUCAUGGCUUAGUGAAUUUGGUGUUUUCUUGGUCUUUAAGAGAUGUACUCAACAAAAAUCUUUACAAAGACAAGGUGAAAGAAAUACCAGUGAAAUUCGUGUCGAUUGAUCAUUACUUGAAGUCAUACAUUACUCCACUAGUUGAAGAAACACAUGCUGAUUUGCUCUCAUGUAUCUCCACAGUAUCGCAUGCCCCUUACGUUGAGGUUCUUGAUGUUGUAACAUCAAGAAAGUUUGAGGCUCCCAAACAUCUAUAUUACGAAAUUUUGAUUAAGAGAGCUAAAGAGGGAGAGAAAAGUAAAACAGAAUACAAACCAGAGAAUGGAGAUUUGAUUGCAUUAUCAGAUGUGAGACCACGAAGAAUCGAUGAUCUGAACAGACCUGAGAGAUCUUUUCUCAUUGCCAUAGUUCAAAACAUGGAUGAUGAAGAUGAUGAAGACGAUGGAGUCUGGACACCUAUACUGUCUUCAAAUCUUAUUCCAUUUCAGCAACAAGACAAUGAAAAGGGUGAACAAGGGGGCAAGCUUUUUGUGGUUUAUCUGUCUAAUUUGACAACAAAUAUUCGAAUAUGGAAUGCUUUGCAUUUAGAUCCUGAUAACGCAAAUCGAAAGAUCAUUGGGACUGUGUUGCAAAGUGAUGUAGCUAAUGUAAGUUAUCGGUUAUGUGGUGAAGUAGACUGCACAGAUUGCUCUGACAGAGAAACUAAAACUGAUGUUUCUAUCAUUCAGUCCUUUGGUCUAGAUGAUGCUCAACGAGAGGCUAUUCUAAGUUGUAUCGCAACAAGGGAAUGUGAUCACCGGAAUAUGGUUAAGCUAAUUUGGGGUCCUCCAGGAACCGGGAAGACUAAAACAGUUGCCUCCUUACUAUAUGUUCUGUUAAAGAUGAAAUGCAGAACUUUGACAUGUGCGCCUACGAACAUUGCUGUUUUGGGAGUUGCAAAGAGGUUGAUGCAGCAUGUACAAGACGGUCUUGAAUAUGACACGUAUGGUUUAGGAGACGUUGUUUUAUUUGGAAAUGGUGAAAGAAUGAAGAUCGGUGAUCAUGAAGAUCUGUUUGAUGUGUUUCUUGAGUACCGCGUUGAUGUUCUUGCCAGCUGCCUGUCAUCAAAAGAUGGAUGGAAAAGUAGUGUACAAUCCAUGAUAUGUUUGCUCGAGGAUCCUAAAGAGCACUACCGUAAGUACUUAGAAAAAGAUGAAAAUAAGGAACAUGACACAAGUGAUGAUGAAGAGGAAGUAGAAGGUAACAUUACCAGUGAACAAUCUAGCUUGAGCAACAAAGAUGGGAAGAUCAAUGCUCAUGGAUUAGUAGAUAAGCAUACGAAGAAUAAGUUGUGGAGUAAAUUUGUUCUUGAACCCUUAAAGGAGAACAAGAAGAAGGCUUCAAAAGAUAAAAAAAGUUCUCAACGGAGGAACAACUCGAGAGCAGAAGGGGAUUCAAGUAACAAAGAAGCCAAUGUUUUGACAUUUGAGAAGUUUGUUAUCAAAGAAUUGAAAUGGUUCAUUAACCAUUUAUUGUUUUGUCUGCCAAGUUUGUAUACACAUGUACCUACUUCCGACAUGCCACUAGAAACGGCUAAUGUAAUGUUCAGGCUUCUUAAGAAUCUGCAAACUCUUAAAACAUUGUUUGCUACUACAGAAACAUUUGAAAGAUAUAAGGAAGUGCUUCUUGGUAUUGAUACAACAAAUAAGGCGAGGCGUUUUGCUAACUUGUAUGAAAGUAAAACAGAAUGCCUUGAAAUGUUGAAAUUCCUUAACGAGCAUCUCUCUCUUCCAACUUUCAGUAAGUAUUUUAAGCCCCCUAUUCGGCGUUUUUGUCUCAAAGGUGCAUGCUUGAUUUUCUGCACGGCGUCUAGCUCAUCAAAACUGAACAUGCAAGGAAUGUCACCACUGGAGAUGGUGGUAAUUGAUGAAGCUGCUCAACUGAAAGAAUCUGAAUCCACUAUUCCGUUACAACUCCCUGGUCUACGUCAUGCUUUACUCAUCGGAGAUGAAAAACAAUUGCCUGCUAUGGUUCAGAGCAAGAUUUGCCAGAAGGCUGAAUUCGGGAGGAGCUUAUUCGAGAGGCUGGUAAUAUUAGGACACAAGAAGCAACUUCUUAAUGUUCAAUAUAGGAUGCAUCCAAAAAUAAGUCUGUUCCCAAACAAUGAGUUCUAUCAUAAGAAAAUUAUGGAUGGUCCUAAUGUGAAAGGUGAAAAAUAUGAGAAGAGAUUUCUUACCGGAGAUAUUUUUGGCUCGUAUUCCUUUAUCAACGUAAGUAAUGGAAAUGAAGAGCAAGAUGAAAGACACAGCACGAGAAAUAAAGCAGAAGCUUUCGUUGUAGCCGAGAUAGUUUUCAACCUUCAUAAAGAAUCCAUCUCAUUGAAACAAAAAGUUCGUGUUGGUUGUAUAUCUCCUUACAAGGCUCAAGUUUUUGCUAUCCAACAAAUUCUUGGAAAGAAAUAUAGUACAGAUAUAAAGAGUGACUUCUCUGUGAAUGUACGUUCUGUUGAUGGUUUUCAAGGCGGUGAAGAGGAUGUUAUAAUUAUCUCUACUGUUCGUUGUAAUGGCAAUGGAUCGGUUGGUUUUCUUUCUAAUCUUCAGAGAGCAAACGUAGCAUUGACACGAGCAAGGUACUGUCUUUGGAUAUUGGGAAAUGGAACAACUUUGGUUAAUAGUGGUUCCAUAUGGAAGAAUUUGGUCAUUGACGCCAAGGCUCGUGGUUGUUACUUUGAUGUUACUGAUGAUAAACGAUUGAAUCAAGGAACUUUGAACGCGACUAUUGAAUGUCAGCAUAAAGAAACAUUACUCAUAACAGACUCCCCUUUAUUCCAAACAGUGAAGUGGAAGGUUAUAUUUAGUGAGAAUUUCACUAAAUCCAUUGCCAGAAUCAAGGAUGCUGAGAUAAGUAAAGAAGUGAAUACUCUUGUAGAGAAGCUUUCGAGUGGUUGGCGUAACUCAGAAAAGAACAACAGGUUCAACAACAAGAGAGGAAAUUCCUCUGUACUGUUGGAGGUCUACAAUGUAAAGCACCUAAAGUUGAUUUGGACAAUCGAUAUUGUGAAACAGAACUCGAGAUAUCUUCAAGUGCUAAAGAUAUGGGACAUUUUACCAGGAUAUUAUAUACCAAAGUUGGCAAAGGAUCUUGACAUCCAUUUUGGUCAAUAUACAGUUGAUAUGAUGAAUCGUUGCAAAUACAAACGUGUGGAACGAAACAUUGCAUUUCCAAUGACUUGGCUAAUUGAUGGAAGUGUUAUCUCAACAAGAAGCUCAGCUAAUAGAGAUCGAAACGACAACUUGCCACGUCAAUUGGAAGCAAUGAGUUUGAGGGAUGAACCAGGAUCUUCAAGACAAACUUUGAUUUGUGCUCCUACGAACAUUGCUGUGUUGGGUGUUACAAAGAGGCUGAUGCAACAGGUACGAGAUGGUCUGGUAUUUGACACAUAUGGUUUAGGGGACAUCAUUUUAUUUGGUAAUGCAAAAAGAAUGAACAUUGAUGAUCAUGAAGAUCUGUUUGAUGUAUUUCUUAAUAGUCGUGUUCGUAUUGUUGCUUCUUGCUUGUCUCCUAUUCAUGGAUGGAGAAGUGCUAAGGCGAGGCGUUUUGCUUAUUCGAGAGGCUAG